ACUUGGGCCCCGCCUUGGGGGCGCAGGACCCUAGGGCUCCUCCCGUGCUCCUCUCCGCACUGUUGUACCCAUGGCCACCUUCGAGGAGGUGAGCGUGCUGGGCUUCGAGGAGUUCGACAAGGCAGUGAAGGAGCAUGAGGGCAAGACCAUUUUCGCCUACUUCAGCGGUUCUAAGGAUACCGAAGGGAAGAGCUGGUGUCCGGACUGCGUGGAAGCUGAGCCAGUCAUUCGAGAGGGGCUGAAGCAUGUUACCGAAGACUGUGUGUUCAUCUACUGCCAAGUAGGAGACAAACCUUACUGGAAAGACCCAAAUAAUGACUUCAGACAAAAACUGAAAAUAACCGCAGUGCCUACACUACUUAAAUAUGGAACACCUCAAAAACUUGUGGAGUCUGAGUGCUGUCAAUCCAGCCUUGUGGAGAUGAUCUUCUCUGAAGAUUAAGAUUUGAUGACCUUGCCGGACUGUGGUGGCACAUGCCUUUAGUCCCAGCACUCGGGAGACAGAGGCAGCUGGAUCUCUUUGAGUUUGAGGCUACCUGGUCUACAAGUUGAGUUCAAGGACAGCCAGAGCUACAGAGUAAAACCCUGUCUGGAAAAACCAAACCAACCCAAAAAAGCCUGAUGAUUGCAAUUUUGUAUUGAUUGCCUGGUUUGUUUAAAAGCAGCCACAUUAUUGCUUUGAAUUGAUGAGUAAAUGAUGUUAUUAAAUCAGUGUAUAUCUAAACAAUAAAGAAUUGAAAUACAAACCAUUAAGUUUUUUAACACGUGGCUAUCUAAAAGAUUUGAGUAAAAUGAGUCUUCAGUAUGGUGGUAGUAGCUCAAAGGAAAUAUUGAAGAUAGAAAGUAACUUACUAACUUCCAAAUCUGCAGCAAUUAGUAUCUAUUACCUUAAGUUCUGUGUAUUUGCAAAACCCUUUCUGCCUUUGAAAUGGAGAACUUCAUUAAACCAUUUAGGAAAGACAUGGGAUUCAUAUGCUUAACUCAGGCAGUUUUCUUUCACAAAUGUCUAAAAUGUGAUUCUUUUGUUGUGAAACAGGCUGGUUCUCCUAGCCACAGGCCAAGUACUAUCUAAAUCUUCAUUUCUUCAAGUAACAAUUGUGUCAGGCAUAGUGACACACACCUGUAAUAUUAUUUUAGAUGCUAAGGCUAGAGGAUAACAAAUUUAAGGCAAGGGUAGACUACAGAACCAGACCUUGUCACAAAUUUAAAGCCCAACUAUUAUUCUGCAAGUAAAGCAAGAAUGUGGGCUGAAGAGGUGGUUCAGUGCCUAAGAGCACUGGCUGUUCUUCCAGAGGACAUGGUUUCAGUUCCCAGCACCCACAUGGCAGCUCAUGAGAUGUCCAUAACUACAGUUCCAGGGAAUGGGACACUCUCUUCUGGCCUCUGAGAGAACCAGGAAUGCAGUGAGACAUAGAUAACACAUGUACGCAAAAGAUUAAUAUCCAU